AUGACGGAUAAAACAUUGCGGUUGUGUGAGACGCUGUUGAUUGAUCGCUUUUUGAUAGCAUUUCUUUCAAGGAUCAAAGACAGGUAGCGUGCAGAGAAACAAAACAAAUGAAGUACAGAGAAGGAGAAGGAAGGGAGAAGGCCGUAUUACACUGAACGUCACAGAUGGUUGAGAACCUUUUCUGAUAAUCACCCUCGUGUCGGUCGGUGAUAAAAGAUCUUUAGCCAGUUUAUUAUAUACCUUUCUGAUGAAAAUGUUCAUAAAACUCUUUCUUUCAGAAUAAAGAAUGUGGCGUGAAUUCAUAAUUCGCAGCGUGACUUACUUGUUGACAAAAAAGCCAAAGGUGCCGCAAGUUGAAGUCGAAGAUCCACUCAAAUAUUGUCUUCUUCUCGCUGUGCCAUUUCCAAUGUUCUUCAGAACUUAUAAAUAGGUGAGUUUUUCACAUCGAACAUCGAAUUAUGUACUCAAAAGUUUUCGAUUUCGAACAAAAAGUUAAAGUGCUCAGUUCACGACAAGUCUGUCUUACAUAGCGUUGUCCUCACAGUCACCUGAACAGAUUCUGACUCAGCUGUUUGGUGCGUGGUAGAAAAUUUUCGAAGAAAGGUGCACGGCAGCAGAAAUUCCAGAUUUGAUAGAGUCUUGUGGUCAAUAUUUACACAUUUCACGAAAUCGUAGUUCAAAUUAGAAAGAACUACAUAUUUGUGAAUUUCCAUGAUCACUUGACGUCUCAUGUGCACACGCACCGCAUAAGAUUAUGGUAAUCUUUUAAUCCAUCUUUUUUCGUCAAACCUCUGAGUUCAUCAGGCAAAGAGUCAGACUCCAAUUACAUUUGACGUCAAAAACGUUUUGCACACACGCACGCAAAAGAAAAACCGAAACAACCGGAGCAGCUGCCAUCGUUUCCCUCCCCAGGCGCUUCUCCUUCUUCUUCAUCUUCUUCUUCCGUCCAUCAUCACCAUCUGCCAUCCUACAUCGUUUCCGUCGGGUCCAGAGACGUCCAUCCCUCCCUGCCUCUCUCUCUCCCAUGGCACGACACAACACAACACACGUCCCUCACCCCCAGCUCCCUCUUUCCCUUCCGCUACCCUACCCCCAGGCCGUUCUGACCGUCCGCGUCUCGUCUUGUCCCAUCUCUUUCCAUUGGGGCUCCUAACAGAGAGAAGAAGAAGAAGAAGAAGAAGAAGAAGGCGGGUAGGAGACGGGAGACCCCCCAAGCAAGCAAUUCUUCAUGGUCCGCUCACUCUGGCUUCCUCACGGCACCCCCUGCCACACCCGAAAUCUCCGCGCAAACAGCGGCACGGCCCCCUCCCGAAUUUCUCCAUUCCAUUUCCUUGCCAAUCGUCUUCCACAAGACUGCUUCUCGCCUUUUUUCUUUGUUUUAUACAAAAAGGAAGGUGGUAGCGGCCCACAACGUAUUCUCGGCUGUUUGAACAGAAAAAAACCACAGAUGGUGUGUGUUUGUUCAACUCAACGUCGCGUUUCUUCAUGUUUCUUCUGCCCCCCACAAGUUUUUGAACAGGAAAUGUUUUCUUUAGUUUGAAAAACGGCCUUGAUUAGCAAUUUUUCUGAUUUUCCGCGCGUUUGCUUUCUUUUUCUUUUGCCUUUAAGAGAAAGCAAAGAGCAGACUUUUCCCUAUUUCCAAUUAAAGCAAACGUCCAUCACCCCGUGGUUUUUCCCAAUUCUCCAUCGGCCCCGUCAUUUCCUCUGAAAACUCUCUCACUUUUUCUCACUUUUCUCUUCUUCUCCCCUUCCCAUCCACUCAAUGUCAUUAAGAGAAAGGGAGAGAGAGAAAGAGAGAGAGAGAGGGAGAGUCGGUGCUCUGGCUCAAUGGUCGCACCUCAUCAAAUAUUCAAUGUCUAAGCGUACAUCUUCUUGUUAAACCUUCUAAUUUCACGCAAUUUUCUCUUUUCAGGGCUCAAUGUGAGAGAUCGAUUCUUCAGACGUCCUGGGCAUUUAUACUUUCAUUUAUUCAUUGGCUGCACUUACCCGGAUAUGAUGUAAGUUCCAGAAUUUUGUGACUAUAAGCACGCAAUCCUUCCAGAAUCUCAAAUACGCAUUCACGAACCUUCCUGCAACAACAACACGAAAAACUGAUGUGAUGAAAAUUCUGUGA